CGUAUUUGUUGGCAUAACAAUACCGUGACAAUAUUUGUAAAUAUUGACAAUUGGGGAAGAUUUUUAAUAUUUUUGACUGAAAAAGUAACGAUGGAACAAAUUGACCAAACGCCUAAUGCAGAAGUUGAUAAAAAUGAAGAUGUGGAGAGUUCGAGCGAGAACAAAAAAUAUUACCCCCGAAAAAGAUUUGGGCGCAAGUAUAGGGACAGGGACAAGAAUCAAAACGACGAAAUAGAGUCCAAUAAUUCCAGCGGAUAUCUUGGGGAAUAUCACGGAAAUUUCGGCGUGGACAAGAUAGAGGAAAAAAUAGCUAAUUUGUCCAGGUCUCCUACAUUAGAGUUACCCGCUUUGAACUUAUCUGAAAAGAAAUUUUCCGGAAGAAACCGACUUUUCAUCGGAAAUAUCGGUAAAGAAAUAAACGAAGAGGAUAUAAAGGGUUUAUUGGAUCCCAAUGUUGAAAUUACUGACAUUUAUGUCAACGCGGAGAAGAGCUUUGCAUUUGUCAAGUUCGAUUAUCAUUCGAAUGCCGAAAAGGCUCAACAACAACUUGACGGAAUGCUUGUUAAAUCUAGGGUCUUGAAAGUCAAAUUUGCCUCUUGUUGUCAUACAAUCAAAGUGAAGAACCUUAGCCCUGCUGUCACCAACGAAUUGCUGUUUGUUGCCUUUUCUGUUUUUGGUGAGAUCGAAAAGGCCAUAGUUUUGGUGGAUGAAAGAGGGAAAUCUACUGGAGAAGGUUUAAUAGAUUUUGUUCGAAAAAAUUCUGCAUACUUAGCUGUACAGCGUUGUUUGGACCGAUGUUACUAUUUGACUGCCUCAUUGAAACCCGUUAUUGCUGAACCUUACCAAUUCGUUGAUCAGAACAUAGGGUUGUUAGAUAAACAUUUUAGUAAUAAACAUUGGGAUUUUUGUCAGGAUCGAUCUGUCGGACCUCACCUGGCUGAAGAAGGUUCUUUCGAACACGAGUACGGUACUAAAUGGAAAGCCAUCUACGAGCUCCAUCGGCAAAAGGAGGAGGCUCUAAAAGUCGAGUUCCGGUUGGAAUGUUCAAAACUUGAGGCGCAGAUGGAGUACGCGCGGUACGAGCACGAGACAGAUGUGCUGCGCGAGCAGCUGCGCAUUAGGGAAAGGGACAAGGAGCGUCAAAAGUGGGAGUGGGAGGCCAAAGAACGACUAGCCAAGGAAGAAAAAUUGAGAACGGAGGCGUUUUUACGUCACGCCCAAGAAGAAGUGAAAAACAAAUUGAAUCGCCAAAAAGAACAGCGCAACCUGAUGCAGGAAGAGGAAAGCUUGUUUUUGAAGGCGCAAGAUCUAACGAAGAUUUUGGACAAUCAUCGAGAUUUCGAUGUGCCCACAUCUUCUACAAGAGAGAAUACUAGCGAUUUAGAGAGUUUCACAUCGUAUCGAUCUAAUACACUUUCAGGUGAUCAGCAAACUGAUAUCAAAUCUUUUGGAUCGUUUUACGAAAUGAAUAAUAACAGUUACGGUGAUAACAACCGUUCAAGGGACUAUGGAACAGAUCGAACAGACCAAGAUUUAUGGGUCAGGAGUAGAGAUUUAGACAGUAUACCGUUAAAAAAACGAAGAUAUUAAAAAUUAUGUUCUUAAGUGUUUAUACUUUGUUCUUGUACAGUUUGUGUUUAUUUCAAUUUUUCUGUCUUGAAUUCAAAAUAAAUAUCGCCUGAGUGAAAA